CGGGACAAAUAGCGAUCACGGCGUCCAGAGCGAUGAAGGAAACCUUCAGCUGGUCCAUACUGCUAUUGGUGGUUGCGUCUGCAGCGUCCUCCGAUCUCACACCUGAUGAGAAGGCAGCCUUCGUAGCACAGAUGCGGCGGUACCUUGGCUUCCGCUCUGUUCUCAUUCCAGCAACUAUAUGCAGGGUUUCAGAUAAUUAUCAACUCAGUGUGCGGAACUGCUUCGAAGCGCCCAAGACUGCCACUUUCAGACUAAUGAAAGCGCUGCACGCGCGAGCCAUACACACAGCAACUCCGUCACUCGUCGUGACUCCAGAAGGACACAUGAUGAAUAUUGCCGAUAACUGCGACCAAAAAGACGUAAAACCUGUUGCAUUAAUAUUGGGGAUUUUGCCAUCUGCGGUUUCAAAAGCGCGAAUGCUGCUCUCCAAGCUGAACUGUAAGAUCUUCUCUGACAGAUUUGUAAAGAUGCGCAAUCCACCCAGCAGUAUGCAGAUGAAUGACAGUGGAUCACCUACUCAAUACAAAAAAGCCCUUCACUCAGUGAACAGACUUAAUGCAGACAAACGCCCUUACGAGAAGGAAGCGGUUCAUCAGCUAAAUGUACUUCGCACUGAAGCUGCCCCACCGCCAUCCACCUACGCUCCAGCUCCAUCCAGAGAUUCUUGUACUACUAUCCACGAAAGAAGUGUUCAGCUGUCAGCGCUUCCAGGGUCCACAUCUGGGCAGUCGCCACCGUCACCCGUAGUAUGGCCCGAAAUCACGCUGAGCCUCCUGUCUUGGUUGGUCUUCCUGAGCCACGGCGACGACCUGGAGUCGUUGCUGGCCGGCAGCACCGUGACCAGCAACUGCCGCCUGGUGGCUCUGUCGGCCGCGGAUGGAGCCGUCACAGAGGUGUACCGGUCUUCUGUAGCUGACGGCGUCGCGAAGGUGCAACUUGGGAGCUGGGACGGCCGGCGCCUGCACUGGAAAGCCAAGGGACGCUUCGAGAGAGCGAGGGACUUGAGCGGCAUCACCAUGAGCUGUCUCAGCCUACAUGAGAGGCCCAUCUCAACAACUGAUUUUUUGAGUCGCAAUUCAACUGCGAUUGUAUUCGUAGUAUGGAAGAUCUUGGAGGACAUCCUAAAAUUCAGUACCAAAUGCAGAGUCAUCAACGUAAGCCACGGCGGAAUCGAGUCCUACUUGUCGCAGCACAACACAGACGUCGCGUUGGUGCCUCUCACGGAAAAUUUCCACAAACCACAUCUGGCGUCUUCGUCCUCGCCUCUGGAGAUCACAGCGAUCCCGACGCUGAUCCGCCACCAGGGAGUGCAGCCGGUGAACUGGACAAGCUUCCUGCGGCCUUUCUCCAGAGCCCUCUGGCUGUCCCUGCUGGCCACCGUGGCGCUUCUGCUGCUGUUCCUUGUGCCGCUUGUCCACUUGGACCCGCAACCUGACUGCUACUUCAGGCUCAUCUCUGCCUUUCUGCAAAGAGACCCAUGUAGUGCUCCACCGCGAGACUGGUUCCGGGUGCUACUGACGUCUGUCCACAUAGCGAUGUUUGUGCUGAUUUCCGGGUACUCAGCAUCGCUCAUCUCCUCCCUGGCAGGCUUGACGCCGUAUGAAAUCGACAGCCUAGAAAAGAUGUCUGCCAGCGGGAAAUACACCGUCCAUCUCACCGGUAAUCCAGAGAAAUUAUUUGUGAACGAAAAAGAGGACCUGCAUGAGAACUCCUCGAUUGACCCAUUAGUGAAGGGCUUCACUGUACGCAUACACCCCACACACAUGGAUGCGUUGACUGCGACAUGCAAGAAGGAUCACGCUGUCACCAUGAUGAAUCUCUGGGAAUUCGAGACGUACUUAUCCAGUCCAGUUUGUCGUCUAGAUAUCGUGCCCGAUUCCAUGUACUGGACCGACGUGAUCAUCCCUAUGAAGAGGAACGCCACUUAUCUAGGACUGAUCAACUAUUUCAUCAACAAAAUGCGGUACAGUGGAAUCCUGAAGAGGAAAGUUGUACUGAGUGCUGGGUGGGGGACCUAUCCAUACGAUAGUGUCGCCUUUGAGAACAUAUCACCAUUACUGUGUCUGCAUGCACUAUUCACUUUGCUGUCGCUAGUGAUAUUGGUGCUGGAGAGACAAGUCCACAGUUGUCGACAACACAGCCGCAAACUGCAGAGACAGAGACGAGUACAACCGCUACAAAGAAGACGACUCCCACAAUAUGGCACUAGCAUUAGAUCGUAUUCUCAGUGUCGCUUACUUCACAGCAACAUGGAAGCAUGGGUGUGAGCUUAAAAAGCAUAUCCACUUGGCUCUGCUCUGGAUGGUGUUAGGCUCAACAACAGGAGCAGUUCACUCUGAUAUCAACUUUAUACUUCAUAGAUAUAGUCUUUGAAUAGGUUUCAUGCUGGUCUCCACUUUCUUAUAUCCUAAGUCUUCAGCACUAAAUAUCUAAUAUAGUCUACAUUUUCAAUAAUAUUUGUUUUUUAAGUCAGCAGUCUUUCACUUUUGCUACUAUCAUGUACUGAUUUAUUCAUCUCUGCAAUGCCUGCACAACCAGUGUCUGCAAAUGGUAUAUUUUUAUAAAGUCUUGCCUAUGAGUGCUCUUUCUAGUCUCUUGAUUUUACACCUCAACCAUCUAAUUUUCGCCAAUUGUCAUUAUGAAUGAGUCAUAUUUCAGACUUUCUCUGCAAUUACACUUUUUUUCAUUCUCUGUUACUUCUUCCAGGACCAUAAGUUUUACUGAACACUUUGCCAUAUGUCCCACCAACUUGUUCUCUCAUCUCAGAAACUUUACUCAUUGACUCCCACUGCCAUUGUAUAUUUCAACUAAUACCUAUUAGUUCAUACUGAAAAAGUGCUAUUUGUGUUAUGUAAUAUUUGCAUUGUGUGUGUCAGUAAUAUGAAACACAUACAUUUUUUUCUUAAAUUAUCUUUCAGCCACAAUUCUGCUCUAAAUCCUAGUUAUAGUUCUGUAUUACCAAUUACAGACUGCUACAUCAGGUGUUACAGUUGUUGUUGGAACUAGGAUUGUAUGCAUUCAUUGAUGACGAGCUCUCAGCACUUGAAAUGCAAAGCAGACCACAAUCGGAUGUAAGGAAGGAGCGUUAUGGUGGUCACAAUUCCUCCACUUCCCAGCCCCCCCUCCUCACCUCCUACCCCCCAACCCCUGCAUCAGGAAGUGCAACAGCAUAUAUUUUGACAUAUAUCAAUUUGCAAGUUUCUCAGCCAACUUUCAGAAAAUAAAGCUGCAUAAAAGCCAAAAGUCUCGAAAAUAGCAAGGAUUUCUAGAAAACUACAUGCUGUGCUUAACACAAUAUAUUUCUCAAUCACUCACCUGAGAACAGCCCUGCUUAAAUGUGCUUGUGGCCUGAAUGGCUGCAGAAAAAGCAUUCUGCCAGCAAACGUCACCCAUCUGAAGAACAACCACAACUGCUGCAGAAAACCUGAGAUGGAUUGUGAGUCCAAAGGCAGAAUCAAUAAACUGCAGGAAGUUGAGCAAAGUAGGUCAUAAAUGAAAAAAAAUUAAAUUGACUGACUUCCCCAUAUGGGAAGAUGAGCAGUCAAGGUGUUUGAGAUGUCUACCAGGUAAGAUUAAAGGAAGACAUCAAAAAAUUCAGAAGUGGACUGCUAGAUUUGUUACUGGUAAGUUUGACCAAUACACAAUUACUAUGAAGAUGCUUUAGGGACUCAAACAGGAAUCCCUGGAGGGUAAGUGAUAUUCUUUAUGAAGAACACUGUUGAAAAAAUUUAGAAUACUGGCAUUUGAAGCAGGCUGUGGUACGAUUCUACUGAUGCCACUAUACAUUUUGUGUGAAGGCCAUGAAGAUAAAUAAGAGAAAUUAGGGAUUUUCCUUUGCUCUGUUUGUGAGUGGAACAAAAAAAGGAAACAACUAGCAGUGGUGCAAGGUACCUGGCAUUCACCAUAUGGUGGCUUGCAGAGUAUAUACACAGAUGUAGACGAAAUACUGAUAAUGGUGGGUGUACAAUUAGACUUAAUAUUGUGUAAAUUAUGACAUGGCAAAAACUGGACAAUUUGUUUCCUAUUAUAUUUCUUAAAUCAAUAGCAAACUUUAUAUUGUGUAAAUUAUGACAUUCUAAAAGUUGUGAGAGUCAGUUUCAUAUUAUAGUUCUUAAAACAACUGUAUGGCAAAUCCACUUCUCAACUUUUUAAAUGGAUACUUCUAAAAUGAUAUUUUUUUCUGAAUUAAAAGUUACAGUAAAGUGACUUACUAAAAUUGAAUGUAAACAAAUUAUUAUGAU